UUUAAAAAAGGAGGAGGGCUCCCUAGAGGGGAUUGGCUGAGCCUGGAAGACAGGGAAAUUAGGAAGGCAUGAGUCUCCCAGCCCUGCUGGUGGCCAGAACGGUUUGAGGAGCAAUUAGCAGAAGGCGGCGGCUGCGGUGGCUCCUACAAAGAAGGAAGGAAGGGAAAGAGAGAGAGACAGACAGAGAGAGAGAGAGAGAGAGAGAGAGAGAGCGCUCAGGAGAGAGAAAAAGGGGGCAGAUCUUGGGGAGUCGUUUUUCUCUGUGUGGGUCUCUUUCUCUCUCUCCCCCAGCAAGCGCUUGCUCUCCGCAACUUGCGAAAGGGUUUCAGAUGUCCCAGCACCGCCGCUUGACCCCCCCUUCCCCCCCGCAAAUAAAACUUGACCACCAGAGGCACGUCUCACCUCUCAGCUUUGUAAUCUUUAGCAUUUAAGAUGCAGCCUCCAACCUGCCGGCAACCCAAGGAGAGAAAGGCGAGCAGACACGUCUGAAGCCUGGUUCGAUCGUCCCUAUUUCCUUAGAGAAAUAGAGCGCGGCGUGUACAGAUUGCAUCUCGCUCUCGGGAGGAUUCCAGAGAGGGAAGAAAAAGUGUACCGACAAAAAAAAGAAAAAAAGAAAAACCGGCAAAGGCGAUGCCUAUCCCGCUUAGUUUUCACUAAGAAGACCGGCGCUUGAGCGAAGAUUUCUGGGGUGCAGAAGAGCUUCGCCUGCCUCCCUGGGAAGAUGGUGCAGAGACCCCCGAGGACCCAGCCCCGUUAGCCCCGGCCGUGGCGCGUGGGCUCGGCGUCCGGAUCGUGGCCUCCGCCUCGAGGGGCGCGCGUGGUUUUCCCUGGGCUCCCGUCUCUCCCGCUCCCUAACCCCCCCCCACCCCCCCACCCGCGAACUUGCUAUCCAGUCGGUGGGUCUUCGCUUCGCCGAGAGGGACCGUAAGGCAACCCGAGCCGCCUUCCCUGCGCGGCGAGCGGCGGAACCGCCAACCGCCCGCCGCCUCCCCCUCGAGGCGGAGAAGGGCCAAGUCUCCGCAGGGCAGACGUCAGGCGCCCCCCCCCCCGAGGCAGAGGGGAGGGGGAAGGCCGCCGUUUUUCGGAGAGCUGGCCCCCUGAGGCAUGGAUGUCGGCGCCCUCCCUUCAGGCCAGAUCAGCGCGCCGGAGGCUCUGAGCGAGAGGGCUCCCCACCAGCUGUCCGCUCGCCUCGCCCGGGAGCUCGCCCUCCCAGCAUGUUUCUUUCCAUGAGGCCUCUCCCAGCGCCCAGAGCUUCAGUACAAUGUGCAGAUGGAGACUGAUACAGGGUGCCUCCGCCUCUGCCCACCUGCCUUCCUCCUCUUCCUCCGCCUCGCCUUCCUCCUCCUCCGGGCGCGGCGGCUGCGGCUUCUUGCUGCUGCUCUGCCUGAUGUCUUCGCUGACCGCCUCCAGCCAUGAACACGGGCGCGGUAUGCUGCUUCUCAAGGCCACCAACGCCUCGUCCCCCUCUUCUUCCUCCCCUUCCUCUUCCUCUUCCUCCUCCUCCUCGGCCUCUGCUGCCGCCAGCGCGGGGAGACACGUGCGGAGCUACGAUCAUCUCCGAGGAGACGUGCGCUGGAGGAAACUCUACUGCUUCAACAAGUUCUUCCUCCGGAUUGAGAAGAACGGGAACGUGAGCGGCACCAAGAAGGACAAUUGCCCCUACAGCAUAUUGGAAAUAACAUCUGUGGAAAUUGGAGUGGUGGCUGUUAAAUCCAUUAACAGCAAUUAUUAUCUUGCCAUGAAUAAGAAUGGCAAAGUCUAUGGAUCUAAAGAGUUUAACAACGAUUGCAAACUAAAGGAGAGGAUAGAAGAAAAUGGAUACAAUACAUAUGCCUCAUUCUCCUGGAAAAAUAAUGGAAAGCAAAUGUUUGUGGCUUUGAAUGGAAAAGGCGGGACAAGGAAAGGACAGAGGACCAGGAGGAAAAACACUACUGCUCAUUUUCUUCCCAUGGUAGUUGACACACAGAUAAAGGACCUCUUCUACUGAUAGCAGCUGAACCAAAGAUUUUGUCACAAAUACUUUGUACUCCUCUCAAAAGGCAAAGGCAAAAACAGAGCAGAUGUCUGCUUGACAGAAAAGGGGAAGUUUCUCUGCUCUGUUGAAUUAUGAGUACCUCUAAUUAGUUACGUGUCAUAUCCUAUAAUCAAGACACAAGCUGGAUCAAAUGAGAACAGAGCUUUUUCCAGUGCAAGGAAAUUAUGAUUAUUAUUUUUUAUCUUGCCGAUAGAACUGAAAGGAUAUGAGACAAUAUAUGGGGAAAGUUGGGGAAAGUUAUUUAUGGAAUACUAACUCAAAUCAAAGAACUUCAUUCAAGCCUAAUGAUCCAAUGAACAGUUAAGCAUUUACUGUAAGCACAUGGGUCAUAUGCAGAAAAAAGAAAAGAUUUUGGAAUGGUCUCAUAUGGAAGAGAUGAAUAGGAUUAAGAAAUAUAAGCAUAUUAAAAUUGUUCUAACAAAAUAAAUAAUAUUUUCCCCAUCUCUUUGUAUGCUAAUGCCAUGCCUUUGUAUUUCUCCCUAAGUUAUUUAUUUAAUAGGAUGUUAAAUAUCUUUCUUCUCUUUUUUUUUUUUUUGAUUGUUUGAAGGAUUUUCUUAGUUGCUUCCUCUUGCAUAAUGGCUCUUUUCCUGCUGUCUAUAUUCUUUGCAAGAUUGACAAAGUCAAACCUUGAAACCUUGCCCAAAUUUCCAUAAAUACAGAACAACACAAAAGAAAAACAUAGGAUUAUAAAUUGUGUUCAGUUGCGUUUUCCCCUUUUUCCCCUCUUGAAACUUAUUUUUUAAGAUUUGCACUUAAAAUCAACAGGAUCAGAAAUGAAUGGAAAUGACAACAGGAUCUGUGUGUAUUUUAGCAGUAUCCUUGAUUACUGCUUCCCUCACGGAUCCAAAACUUCCUAUACUACAUCAUCAGAAGAGUUUUGCUGCUGUUUUGAAAUGGGCAGAAUUUAUUUGGAUACUCAAAUGUCAUUUAAUGCCUGACCUCAAAGGUAUUGAAACUGAAUCAUAAUUAUUCUCUUUUUUAAUUGAGGCAUAACUAUGACCAUAUGUUAUACCAGUGUUUUUUAACCUCAGCCACUUUAAAAUGUGUGGACCUUAAUUCCCAGAAUUCAACUCUGGGAGUUGAAGUCCACACAUCUUAAAUGUGGAUGAGGAUGAGAAAGGCUCUCUAUACUAAUGCAAUGUCUUUUCAGAAAGACAUUGAAUUAAGUCUAUUGAGCUGAUAACAUCUGAGCAGAUAUUCCUUUACAUCGCCACAUCCAAAAAAGUAAAAAGAAAAAGCCAUUCCUUUGACUGCAGCCUACUUCAGAAAAUAGCCCUGAAAUACUUGGUGUUGAAAAUUGCAUCUUCAAUCUAAAUAAAAGUCAAUUCAGGAUAGUUUCAAUAUUACAUAAGAAUUGCAGAAGAGAAAGAAAAUUGCAUUUCAUUUACGCUAUCAAACCCAAUGCAAAAGCAUAUUCCAUAAACUCUUGAAGAGAUGUCUUUCUUUCAGAAUGUGCCACCUCUUUGCAGGAAAAUGUACACUUUCCUGUAAUGACUGGAACCAUGUGCUAUCCAUGCUGCUCCUCUGUAGCUGUUUAAUGUUUUUGAGCAUAUCAGUUUAAGAUCCCUAUACUUGGUUCUCUUAAAAUCUUACUGUUACAAAUGGGAAUAAUACCUUAAUUGAAGAAUAAAGAAUUGGCUGAGCAUUGGAUAUGAGCAUCCACCUUUACUUAGGUGUGCUGUAUUCCUGGGAACCUUGAUUUUAAAAGUUUUAGAAGUAGUAUCUCAAUUGAUGACACUGAAAAACUUUCCACGCAAAAUGUAAAAGACUAAUGGAAGAAUAUCAGGAUCAUAUUGAUCAAAACAAGUGAUUGUUCCCUUUUUAUUUGGGUCAUUAUUUGUUGUUAAUUUCUAAUGCAAGGGUGGAUAAUCCAUGAAUCACAUAUUCCUAUGCUCCAUGUUCCUUUUGUACAAUUUCUGGAGCUUUUAGGGCAAAACUACCAAACAAUUGCAAUGUAGUUACCACCACAAUCCUGCGACAUAAACUCUCAGCCAUGGACCACCAAUAAAAGUGGGUUCAAAAACAAAAGAAAGGUCCAAAUCUCGCUCCAACUCUUCUGCGACAUCAUUUCAAUCUUGGCCUACCCACUGCAUCCCUUGGCCACUAGGAGAACAAUAAUUAGGCAUGGCUUCCUAAGCUAAGAAAGUGACCACUCCUACUUUAAUGUUUAGAGGCUAGGGUUUUUUUUGUUUUUGUUUUUUUGUUUUUGCAUUAUAUAUUCAAAUAAGUAAUCCUAGCUCCAACUCCUGUGGAUUGAGGGUGUAUGAUCUAGAAAAGGCUUCACAAUGUGAUAUGUUGUCAAUGUGAGCCCCAGAGGGAAAGAAAUGCCUUGUCAUCUUGGGGUGAAUAUUUAAGUUCCAAAAUGGACAGUGAUGAUCAUAUAGCCAUUUCUGGCCAUUUUAGCAUAGUCUGCUAUAACUAUAUUGAUGAAAAUGGAUCUGGUAUAAAUUAUUUGAGGAUUGCAGCCACUAUUUUUCUUAUGUGUGUAUAUAACUCUUAAGAGCCAAUCUACAAGCAACAUCUUUCUUCAUCUAUCAAAAUAUAUGCAAUGGUUCUAAGGUGUAAUAUUGGACAUAACUUUAAUGGAGGUUUUUUUUUCUUCAUAGCUUACACUGAGUAAUGCAGUCUUCAGUUAAACAUAAUAUCAACUUCUUUCAGUCUGAAAAAACCUGUAUGAGUUUUGUCUGUUUGUUUUAUUUUUUUCUCUUUAACAUUAGAGAACUAUGGAUCAAUAUAACCAUAACAAGAUUCAUUUUUAUUAGAGCAAGUUAAGUAGAAACUGUACAUCCAACCAGCAUGUAGCACUCUCUUCACAGUGUAUCCCACUAAAUAAAUGAAGAAAUGCUUAUGUCUUUUUUGCAGUGUCUAUAGUGAAGAGCAAAUGUAGUUUGUUAUUUAAUUAAUAUUAAUAUUCAAAAUACAUUAAGGGACUAAGUGUAUUGAUACUGCAGCGUUUUUUUCUUUAGUAUUUUUUUUCUCACAAAAAGAAUGGGUUUAAAUUGUAGUUUGGUACAGAUGCUUUACAAAUAGGGUCCUUUUUGAAAUAAUCAUAACUGUACAGUGUUGAUCAUGUUGGUGAUCUUUACUGUGCUCCUCUCCAUUCUCCAAUUCCCUGGAAAAUCAGCUAGAACUAUCCAGUGGGGAAGUUAUUCCAGAGUAUAAUUUAGAUUGGUAUAAAGUUUAUAUAGGUAGUCCUUAAGUUAUGACCAUAAUGUAGCCUGCCCAUCAUGAUGGUAAUUCAUGAUGGUUGUAAAAUGUGACUGACCUGAUUUUAUUACAUUUCUUAUGGAUGUCGAUAAGCAAAUCUGUGAUUGUUAAGUGAAUACUGCAGGUGCUAUGGGCGUGGUUUUGCCAGAAACUGAAAGUAAAUGCUAGUUUUUGCAAAAAAAGUUGUAAAAUGCAGUGAUGUGACUGCAAAUAGACAAAAAUGCAGCCUGGUUGCCAAAUGCCCAUAGUGAGGUCACGUGACUGGGGAUGAAGGGACCACUGUCAGAGCUUCAAAUCCAAUAAGAACCCCCAGUUAGAUCCAUCAGAAUUUCAAAUGGUCACUAAGUCUUCAAAUGGUCUACUACUACCUGUAGAACAAGGAAAAUUCAUCCAUAAUAAAUAUAAUAUAUAAUACAAUAUAAUAAACACAGUACAAUACAUUUCCUGUGAUCUGGCAUAGUACAGCGCCUGUACUAUAUCAUAUUAUUCUCAUCUCAACCUCAUCUUUUAUCUAUUAUACAAUAUUAUUUGAAGGAUUUUUUUUUUUUAAAAAAAUUGUUCUGUGGAGCCCAUUUGCCAGCUUUCCCCAACCUAAGUGCAUUCUGGAAAAAUAGAUUUCAAAUCCCAGGAUUCUUCACCAGCCUGUUUGUGUCUGGGAAAUCUCAAAAUCGAAUCUGACUAGAGAUC